GGGCCCUGGUCUCGCUAGGGCAGCAGAGCGCGACUGGGACCUGGAAAAGACUCCUUGCCCUCGCCCUUCGACUGACGUGUUUAGAUUGAGGAGAGGACCACUUCAAUUGGAAAUCUCCUUCGCCCGUUUUACGAUGGGGUGCCGUUACGCGCCAUGUGAGGUCCACACCGUUUGACAACCGGGCGCAGACGUUGGCGUUGUUAGCCCCUGCGUUGUUAAUAGUCCGAUUUAACCGGAGAAACUACUCAGAAACUCGAAUUCAAGCUCACACGUCCACGUAAAACAGACGCGUCCAGCUGCCACGUGUGCGUAGAGCCAUUCAUUUUUUUCUUAAAUUUCUUUUAUCAGAACAGAACGCAACGGUACGGUAGGUCCGUCAUUUAAUGGUCAAAUAAGUAAAUGUUGGUCAAACAGUCAUUCAGUGCGACUCGCAGCUGCAGGAAAAUGCAAGGCGGAUAAUCGGAGAACCGUGUAAUACAAUUAUGCUUAUUAAUCCAAAACGUACAAGCGAACGUCUGCGGUACGAUGUGUUUUCACUUCGUCUUGCUGCAAGGUCUAUAGCGCAAGCUGCGCGGGAGAGAACUCGGUUUCCCACAAUCCAGGCGGAGCGCUAGGCCGACUACAACUCCCAGGGUGCUCCGGCGGGCGGGCGGGGAGGUCAAAGGUGACGCAGCGGAGACGGCGCUACCCCCGUGGAGAGAGAGCGAGCGAGCGCCCGUGGCGGCAAAAGAAAGGAGCUUGUUCGUGCCUUGCGAGAGAAAAGCAGACAUAACCCGCCAGACAUGACGGGGCGCCUGUAGGGGGAGCCGGAGAGUCAGGCCCCUGCGAGGCAGCGGCGGCGAAUCCACAGCCAGGAAGGAAGGAAGGGAGUGGGGGGGCGCGAUGGGGCUGCGCUCCGCCCAGAAGAAGCUGUUCCCCCUGCGGGGCAUCGACGGGGUGGUGGCGCUGUUCGAGGCGGAGCUGGCGCGGGCCGAGCCGGACCUGGCGCUGCUCUCCCUGGUGCUGGGCUUCGUGGAGCACUUCCUGGCGGUCAACCGGGUGGUGCCCGUCAACGUGCCCGGCGUGCGCUUCGAGCCCCUGGACCCCGGCCGCCCCUCCUCCUCCUCCUCCUGCUUCCCCGUGGUGGAGCUGGGCCUGGUGUCCGCCCUGCACGCCCGCUUCACGGCCCAGAUCCGGGGCGCCGUCGACCUGUCCCAGUACCGCCGGCCCGCGGGGGGCUCGGGCCGCGAGCUGGUCAAGAAGGUGUCCGACGUCAUCUGGAACAGCCUGAGCCGCUCCUACUUCAAGGACAGGGCGCACAUCCAGUCUCUGUUCAGCCUCAUCACCGGCACCAAGCUGGACAGCUCGGGGGUGGCCUUCGCGGUGGUGGCCGCCUGUCAGGUCCUGGGGCUGCAGGACGUCCACCUGGCGCUGUCCGAGGACCACGCCUGGGUCAUCUUCGGGAAGGACGGGGAGGAGACGGCCGAGGUCACCUGGCACGGCAAGGGCAACGAGGACCGGCGGGGCCAGACGGUCAGCGCCGGGGUCAGCGAGAGGGUGAGGGGCCGGCGCGGGUUCGAGGGGAGUGGGGGGGUUACAGGCCAGGGGGUUUCUGAUCUCUGA